CAUAUUGCAGUUGUGGUGGAACCCGAAUAAAGAUAAGCUGUCCUGUCCAUUAUCCUUUCCCUCUGCCAUUUCUGACCAAUAUGGUUAAGCUUGUGCUGCUCAUCCGAGGAGCUGCGCUACUGCUUUGUCUAUUGAUCUCCCAAACAACAUCCACUCCCCAUGUUCAAGUGAGUGCAUCUGGAGCCUGCAUCAGCAGCGAGCGAGAUGCGCUUCUAUCCUUCAAGGCAAGCCUCCUGGAUCCUGCUGGCCGUCUCUCGUCAUGGCAGGGUGAGGAUUGUUGCCAAUGGAAGGGAGUCCGCUGCAGCAACAGAACGGGCCAUCUCAUCAAGCUCAACCUCCGCAACAUCGACAUGGAAAUGGAAGACUACAUGGACAACAUGGGCUACUACAUGUACAACAUGGACUACUACAUGUACGACAUGGGCUACAUCAACAUGUACGACUACAACUACCCGAACAGGAGCAAACCAUUGAGCUUGUCGGCAGGCGAGAUGAGCUCUUCUUUGGCUACUCUACAACACCUGAGGUAUCUUGAUCUGAGCUGGAAUGACUUCAAUGGCACAAGCAUCCCUGUCUUCUUGUCUUCUCUCAAGAACCUAAGGUAUCUCAACCUCUCGUCAGCACGAUUCAGUGGGAGAAUACCUUCCGAACUUGGCAAUCUCUCAAAGUUGCAAUAUCUUGAUCUCAGUUGGAAUUAUUAUGGGAAUAGGUCUUACAUAGUGGAUCUUGCAUGGUUGCCACGUCUCUCUUUGUUGAGUCAUCUUGACAUGAGCUAUGUGGAUCUUAGCUCUGCAAGGGAUUGGUUUCAGAUGGUUAACAUGCUUCCUUCUCUGAAAGUGCUUCGCUUGUCCGAGUGUGGACUCGAUGGUACUAUAUCUGCUAGUACAUCAAUUUCCAACCUCACACAUCUUGAGGUCCUUGAUGUGUCUGAUAACACCUUGAGAAUACCUUCCCAAUUUGGCAAUCUCUCAAAGUUGCAAUAUCUCGAUGUGAGUUUGAAUUCUUAUCCCAAUGUAGAUCAUGCAUGGUUGUCACGUCUCUCUUCGUUGAGCCAUCUUGACAUGAGUUAUGUGGAUCUUGGUUCUGCGAGGGAUUGGUUUCAGAGUGUUAAUAUGCUUCCUUCUCUUAAAGUUCUUGGCUUGUCCGGUUGUGGACUCAACAGCACCAUGUCUGCUAGUAUAUCACUUUCCAACCUCACACAUCUCGAAGUCCUUGAUAUGUCUGGUAACAACUUCUAUACUUCACUCAAGCAUGCAUGGUUUUGGAAUCUCAAAAGCCUUAAGGAGCUUUACCUCUCCUAUUCCAGCUGGAUAGGGUCUAUUCCUAGUGAUUUGGCAAACAUGACGGCCCUUCAAGUCAUAGAUUUAAGUGGGAAUCAGCUCGUGGGUUUGAUACCAGAAAAACUGGGAAAUUUGUGCAAUUUGACCAGAAUGAGGUUCAGUCGUAACAACAUAGGUUCAAGCAUAGGGGAGUUCAUGAGGCGAUUACCAAAGUGCUCAUGGAAUACAUUGCAGGAAUUUUCGGUGCAGGAUGCAAAUAUGACCGGGAAUCUACCCAGUUGGAUUGGUAACAUGACCAAUCUCAGUGUCCUUCGAGCAUCUCAAAACAUGUUGACUGGCCCUCUACCUGUAGGAGUUGGAACACUGAGUAGUUUGAAAUGGCUGAACCUCAGGAACAAUAACUUCAGUGGUGUGCUCUUGAAAGAACAAUUUUCAAAUUUAGGUAAAUUAGAGCUUUUGGGCCUCAGCCACAAUAACUUCAGCGGUGUGCUAUUGAAAGAACAAUUUGCUGGUUUAGGCAACUUAAAGGUUUUGGAGCUUAGCUACAAUAGCUUCAAUAGUGUGAAAGAACAAUUUGCAAGCUUAGGAAAAUUAGAGCAUUUGGACCUUAGCCACAAUAACUUGAGCGGUGUGCUAUUGAAAGAACAUUUUGCUGGUUUAGGCAACUUAAAGGUUUUGGAUCUCAGCUACAAUAACUUCAACAGUGUGAAAGAACAAUUUGCAAGCUUAGGCAAAUUAGAGAAUUUGAACCUCAGCCACAAUAACUUCAACAGUGUGAAAGAACAUUUUGCAAGUUUCGGAAACUUAAAGCUUUUGGAUCUCAGCUACAACAAAUUCAGUGGUGUGCUCUUCAAUGAAGAUUUUGCAAGUCUAGGUAACAUGGAGCAUUUGGACCUCAGCUAUAAUAACUUCAGUGAUUUUCUCUUGAAAGAACACUCAGAAAGCUCAAGUAAUAUAAAGCAUCUGGAUCUUAGCCAUAAUAAACUAGAUAGUGUGCUCGUGGAGAAGCAUUUUGCAGGCCUAUUGAAUUUAGAGUAUCUGGACUUGUCGUACAAUUCUUUGAGAUUUGCUAUCAACCAAAAAUGGGUUCCAACAUUUAGAUUAAAGGUUGCGAAAUUCCAAUCAUGCAAACUGGGGCCCAUUUUUCCAGAGUGGCUGAAAUGGCAAUCUGAUAUUGAUGUUCUUGUUCUCAGUGAUUCAAAUCUAGAUGAUGUUAUUCCUGAUUGGUUUUGGGUAACAUUUUCCCGAGCUUCAACCUUGCAAGCAUCAGGAAACAAAUUGCGUGGCUCAUUACCGACAAAUCUACAACACAUGUCAGCUGAGUAUAUACAUCUUGGGUCCAAUACGUUGACAGGUCAAGUUCCAAAGUUGCCUAUACAUAUAAGCCGACUGGACCUAUCUUCAAACUCUUUAUCCGGGUCGUUGCCAUCUGAGUUGUAUGCUCCUGCACUCGAAGACUUGAUGCUUGCAAAUAAUCAACUCACAGGCACCAUCCCAUUGUCUAUAUUCCAAUUGACUUUUCUGUAUAGGUUGGACCUAUCAGGAAACCAUUUAGAAGGAGAUAUUAUGCAGUGUUGGAAGGAAUCUGAUGCAAACUCUACAAGUCAAUUUGGUUGGGACUUGUUCAGCUUAGCCCUAAAUAACAACAAUCUGACUGGUCAAUUCCCUAAAUUUCUUGCAAGGUCAUCAAAAUUGAUGUUCCUUGACCUUUCUUACAAUAGGUUAUUUGGAGGAUUGCCAGAAUGGUUGCCAGAAAAAAUCCCACAGUUGAAAAUAUUAAGAGUGAGAUCAAAUAUGUUCAGUGGUCAUAUUCCUCAGAGUUUCACUUCCCUUCGCCAUCUUCACUAUUUGGACAUAGCGCACAACGACAUGUCAGGAAGCAUACCUUGGUCUUUGUCAAACUUGAAGGCAAUGAAGGCAGGGGUUUCACAGGACACAAAGGAUUACUACUAUGAAGAGAGCAUCCCAGUAAUCAUGAAGGACCAAAAGCGUGACUACACCUUCGCGAUCUACAAUCUACUGGUAAUUCUUGAUUUGUCAAGUAAUAGUUUGGCAGGACAAGUUCCAGAGGAGAUAACUCUACUCCUUGGACUUACCAGCCUGAACUUGUCAAAUAAUCAGUUCAUAGGAACGAUCCCAAACCAAGUUGGUGAUUUGAAGCGGUUGGAGUCACUCGACCUAUCCUUCAAUGAGUUUUCUGGUGCAAUACCAUCAAGUUUGUCAGCUUUAACUUAUUUGAGCCACUUGAACUUGUCAUACAACAAUCUGUCCGGUGCAAUACCACCUGGACAACAGCUACAAACUCUUGGCAACCAGAUGUAUAUCUACAUCGGUAACCCUGGUCUUUGUGGAGAUCCGGUUGGCAGGAACUGCUCAACACAUGAUGGAGAGCAAAGUGGCCUCGGAGAUAUAAAUCAUAUGCCAUCCGUUUAUCUUGCCAUGAUUAUGGGAUUUGUGAUGGGUCUGUGGACAGUUUUCUGCACCAUGUUGAUGAAGAGAACAUGGAGGGCUGCCUUCUUCCAGUUUGUUGAUAUGAUGUACGACAUCGUUUAUGUGCAAGUGGCUGUAAGGUGGGCUCACAUGAUGGAGAAAACUCAAGACGGUGCACCAUGAAGUGCCCAACUCGACGACAAGCAAAUUGUUUGUAUCUAAAUAUUAUUUGUAUGUUCGCUCCAUAUCUCUAUUUGUAACUCUAAAGGGGUCUUGGCUGGACGUAUGUAUUGUACUGAUGUACUGGUAUUUGUAUGUUUGUACUAUAAAAAAUGAAGUGUAUAUGU